AUGAGAGUUACCCUUCCAUUAAAGAUGACAACCAGAACAUACCGUGAUGCCAUCAAUUCUUUGAAUUCUCUGCAAUCCAACUAUGCCAACAUCAUGGCGAUUAGAGAAUCUGGUGAUCGCAGAAAUCAAAUGAACAUAUGGGAAAUGCAGGAAUGGUCCAAAAGAAUAGGAUAUAAUGUUUCUGAUUUCAAUAAAUUGAAUGUCAUUCAUAUAACUGGUACCAAGGGGAAAGGAUCCACUGCGGCCUUCACAUCUAGUAUCUUAAGACAAUAUAAUGAUAAAUUACCGAAAAUUGGUCUAUAUACAUCACCGCAUUUGAAAACGGUUAGGGAAAGAAUUAGAAUUAACGGUGAGCCUAUUUCAGAGGAUAAAUUUACAAAAUAUUUCUUCGAAGUUUGGAAUAAGCUAGGGAAUACAAAAUCAAAUUUAGAAAAAUUCCCUCAUAUGGUAGAUGGAAGCAAGCCAGGCUACUUCAAAUAUUUAACUCUAUUAUCCUUCCAUGCAUUCAUGCAAGAAGGCUGCGAUGCAUGUGUAUAUGAAGUAGGUGUCGGUGGAGAAUUCGAUAGCACAAAUAUCAUUGAAAAGCCGUUAGUUUGUGGCGUUACCUUAUUGGGAAUUGAUCAUACGUUUAUGUUAGGAGAGACAAUUGCUGAGAUUGCAUGGAAUAAGGGUGGCAUAUUUAAAGAAGGUUCUCCAGCUUACACAGUUAUGGGUCAACCAGAAGCAGGUUUGCGUGUGCUCGAAGAACGGGCCACUGAACGUAGUACGAAAUUAACACAAGUACCAACUUUCAAGGCCUUAAAAAAUGUAAAAUUGGGUAUCGCCGGUGAAUUUCAGAGAGGAAAUGCAUCCCUAGCUGUUGUUCUUGCUGCAAAAGCGCUCGAGAAAUUGAAUGUAAUUGAUAAGACAAUCGCGGUGGAAGAAGAUGCACAUAUUCCAUCGGAAGCUCUAAAAGGAUUAGAACUAACGAGAUGGGAAGGCCGCUGUCAAACAAUUGAAAGGAAUGGAAGUAAUUGGUAUAUAGAUGGAGCCCACACAAAGGAUAGCAUUAUUGCGGCAUCAGGCUGGUUCAAAAAUAUAGUCAAAUCGUCUUUCAACAAAAAAAUUCUCUUAUUUAACCAACAGAGCAGAGAUGCAAAUGCUCUUAUCAACUAUUUGCAUAACGUAGUCUCUCCUGAAGUAAAGUUUGACCAUGUGAUAUUUACAACAAACGUUACUUGGAAAUCAGGAACUUAUAGCCCUGAUCUUGUUUCCAUGAAUACUUCGAAAGAUGACGUAGAAAAAUUGAAAAUACAAGAAGCUCUACGAAAAGAAUGGAAUAGAAUCGAUAAACAUCGUCCAGAAGUCCACGUUACACCUACUAUAGAAGAAGCAGUUAGUUUAAUAGAAAGUCUCAGACAAGACAGCCUUGAUAUUUUUGUCACAGGUUCACUUCAUCUGGUAGGAGGUUUAUUGGUGGUCUUUGAUAAAUAG